UACAAACCUGUACAUCGCAAGGUUCAGCCUGUACCGACUUAUAUGCCAAACCCGCAGGCCCAGGCAUUUAUUCCCAUUGAAAUCUCGGAUGUUCUGUCUCUUCCCACGCAUCCUCUACCUCUUUCGGACUUCAUUCCUACUGCGCGUCUCACUCAAGACCGUCUUGAUGCAAUUCUCUCUACAGUACCUGACGGGUUUCUAUCUUCAGAAGAAGUGGCUCUAUUGGUGCACAUCAUCGAUAUCAAUCAGCAGGCAAUCGCCUGGACGGACUCGGAGCGAGGCACGUUCUCUCGCAGAUACUUUCCAGACUACGAGAUUCCCACUGUGGAACAUGUUCUCUGGGUAAAUCGUCCGGUGCCUGUUCCGAAGGCUCUUGAGGAUAAGGUAAGAACUGUACUUCGCUCACAGGAAGCGGCGGGGAAGUACGAAUAUUCC